AUGGUUGGUGGUAGUAGUACGUCGCUUCCUCCUUCAACAAACCCAAGUGUUAGAAAUGUGAGAAAUAAGAAAGUUGCCAAAAAUGCUCCUGGUCAAAGGCAAGAUGUGGCAUGGGAACAUGGCACUCCCGUAAAUGAUGGAUCAAGAAAGAUCAAGUGCAAAUAUUGUCAUAAUGAGUAUAGCGGCGGUGCUUUUCGAUUUAAGCAUCAUUUAGCAGGGACAAAUAGUAAUGUUGAACCUUGUGUGUCUGUUCCAGAUGAAGUUUGCAAACAAAUGUGGAUCAUUGUUCAUAGAUUGCAAAGCAAACUCAUCAAAAAGAGAACUCUAAGUGAAGAUGUAGUAGAGGUUGAUGUGGAAGAUUGUAAAAGAAAAAAAGUUGAAUCUUCUGAGAAGGAGGACACUAACUUACAAGUUGCAACUUAUUUUUACAACAAUGCUAUCUCUUUUAACGUUGUAAAGGAUGAAGAAUUUAUAAAGAUGUGUGAAAUGAUUGCCCAAUAUGGUAAAGGAUAUAAACCACCAUCUUACCAUGAUAUUCGAGGUAAAUAUUUAAAGAAAAAAGUUGAGUCUAUAAAUAGCAUAUUGGUGGAGCAUAAAACUGCGUGGAAAAAGUUUGGAUGUACAAUAAUGACGGAUGGAUGGACUGACCAAAAGAGGAGGACUAUCAUAAACUUUUUAGUCAAUAGUCCUAUGGGUACUUUCUUUUUAAAAUCAAUUGAUGCAUCUAGCAUUUCAAACACAGCUGAUAAAGUUUUCAAAAUGAUGGAUGAUAUUGUUGAGGAAGUGGGGGAAGAAAAUGUUGUCCAAAUUGUAACAGACAAUGCUGCAAACUACAAGUUGGUUGGACAAAUGUUGAUAGAUAAAAGGAAUAAGCUUUAUUGGACACCUUGUGCAGCUCAUUGCAUUGAUCUAAUGUUAGAGGAUUUUGAGAGCAAGAUACCUAUGCAUAAGGAGAUUAUUGCUUCAGGUAAAAAGAUCACAACUUACAUUUAUGCUAGGACUGGUCUUAUAACUUUGUUGCAUCAUUACACUGAAGGAGGUGAGUUGAUAAGACCUGGCAUCACUCGCUUUGCAACAUCAUAUUUGUGUUUGGGUUGCUUGAAUGAUAAGAGGGGAGGAUUGUAUAGGAUGUUCACUUCCAAGCAAUGGAAGGAUAGUCAAUUUUCCAAGACAAAAGAUGGAAAAUUUGUUGAAAAUAUAGUCACAAACAAGGACUUUUGGAAGAAUUUGAUUAUUUGCCUUAAAGGUGCUUUUCCAUUACUUAAAGUCUUGCGUAUGGUGGAUUCUGAUGAGAAGGCAGCCAUGGGUUAUAUCUAUGAAGCAAUGGAUCAAGCAAAAGAGGAAAUACAAACUAGCUACAAUAAUAAUAGAAAAAGCUACCAACCAUUAUGGAAAAUUAUAGAUAACAGAUGGGACAAACAAUUGCAUAGGCCUUUGCAUGCUGCAAGCUAUUAUCUUAAUCCAAUUUUGCAUUACAAACCUAAUUUUAAAGUAGAUAAUGAAGUGAAACAAGGAAUGUAUGCAUGUUUAGAAAGAAUGAUGGGAGGAGACAUGGAUAUGGUGAAUAAAAUUGAUGGUCAACUUGAGGAUUUUAAGAGUAAAAAAGGAUUCUUUGGGAGUGAAAUAGCUCAACGUGGACUAAAAAACAAGACACCAACUCAAUGGUGGGAAUCUUACGGUGAUGCACACCCAGAGUUGCAAAACUUUGCUAUUCGUGUUUUGAGUUUGACAUGCAGUUCUUCUGGCUGUGAGAGAAAUUGGAGUGCUUUUGAAAUGGUUCAUACAAAGAAAAGAAAUCGUUUGAAACAAAAGACUAUGAAUGAUCUUGUGUAUGUGAUGGUAAAUACAAGAUUGACCAAGAAUAAGGCUGAAAGGAAAAAGCGAGAUCUAACAAUUGAUGAUUUCCAAGAUGAUGACGAUUGGUGGUAUGUUGCUGAGGAAGAAAAUGCAGGUGGUAAUAAUGUAAAUGUGACUGAUUUAGAUGAAGAUUUGAUGCAAAGUACUGGUGCUAAAUCAACUGGACAUGUAGAUGAAUUUGAUGUCCUUGAAACUAUAGAAAGUGACAAUGAAGAAGGAAAUGCAGAUGAAGGUGAUGAAGGAGAUGAUGAGGGUGAUGGUUAUGGUGGAGGAGAUGAUGAGAUUAAUGAAGAUGAAGGAGUUGACAUUAUAGGGAAAAAUCCAAACUAUCGGCGCCUUUGUGAUUUGUACUAA